ACUGAGUGCAUCGUGCAUGCGUUUCAAUUUUUAGAAAAGCGCGCGUAAUUCAAAUAAUUACAAUAAUCCAUUCUGAAUAACCGAUUUGGUCCUUCAUAAAUAACAAGUGCGAACGGGAAUGUGACUGUUGUGUUAUUCAUAAUCGUUUAUUUAUAGAUACAACAUUUUGAAAUUUUAUGAAUUAAUUUAUAUUAUUUUGUUUUUUAUUAGAACGUUCAUUGGUUGUGUGACAUUGAAAAGGAGCUGACGUUGGUUUACGACGUUCAAAUCGCAGUGUAUUAUAAAUAUAUUAUAUAAAAGAGUCAAAACAAUUUAUUGUGUAUAUUUUAUUGGACAUUCAAAAUGAAGGAUUUGGUGAAGAUUUGGAACAAUGUGACCGGGAGGAGAUAUUCGUCAGUGAACACUAGUGAAUUAAAUGAUUUUAAUAAACAAAGGCGAUCGGAAAUUGACAAUUUUGAAGCGAAUUUAGCUGAGUGUGAAAUCUUGAAUAACAAAUUUAACGAUGAUUUGGAGUUCAACGACAAGAAAAAUGCUAUAAUUAAUCGACUUUUCGAGAGAAGAAAGAAGGGACAAAUCGGGAGACAGCCGAAAUGUCUGUUCAUCCAGCUGAUGCUCGGAUUCUUCGCGCUUUCAGCAGGAUGCUUCAUCAUGUUCGCCAAGCCAUAUGAUUUCUUCUUCAAGCAGAAAGCCGUAUUAUCAGAUGGAGGUGAAAUCUUCGAGAUGUGGAGGAAGCCGGAGGUGGAACUGUACACGAAGGUGUACCUCUUCAACAUCACCAACGCUGAGGAGUACAUGGCGGGCAUAGAUGAUAAAAUCAAGGUCCAAGAAGUUGGGCCUUACGUUUAUAGAGAAUCUCUGGAACAUAAAGUUACGAAAUUCAACGACAACGCGACCCUAUCAGCGAUCCCAAAGCACCCUCUAACUUGGGUAGAAGAACUGUCUGAAGGAAACCAGGAAAACGACACACUGUACCUACCCCAUAUUGCUUUGUUGAGCAUAGCCAACGUGGUUUCCCAGAAAGAUUUAUUCACCCGUUUUGGCUUAAACAACCUGAUAACUUUGACCAAUACCAAGCCGAUAGCGAAGAUGACUGCGCGUGAGUUCAUGAUGGGUUACAAAUCUGAGCUGAUGACUUUGGGGAACACUUUCAUGCCUGGUUGGAUCUAUUUCGACAAACUUGGCCUUAUUGAUCGGAUGUACGACUUCGACGGCGACUUCGAAACAGUCUUCACUGGGGCUGAUGAUGUGAGGAACUCAGGUCUGAUCGAUACCUACCGAGGGUCGACAGACCUGCCCCAGUGGGAAGGGAAGCAUUGCUCCAACGUGCAAUACGCAUCAGAUGGCACCAAGUUUCGAGGUGGAGUGACUAAGAAUGAGAGUAUACUGUUUUAUAGAAAGAGUCUCUGCAGAGCUGCUCCUUUGAUACCAAUAGAUGAGGGUGUGAAAAGUGGACUGAAAGGGUACAAGUACACCUUCCCCGAAAACAUGUUAGACAACGGAAAAUACAUCAAAGAAAACGAAUGCUUCUGCCGUCAUGGUAAAUGUCUGCCAGCUGGUCUGAUUGACGUCACAGACUGUUACUACGGAUUCCCCAUAGCUCUGUCAUACCCUCACUUCUGGAAAGGCGAUGAAAUACUCUCCAGUAAGGUUGAAGGUCUUACUCCAAACCCUGAGCAACAUGAGACUGCAUUCUGGAUUGAACCCGAGUCUGGUCUACCACUGGACGUCAGCUCCAAGUUCCAGAUUAACAUGGCGCUUGGAGACAUCACCUCAAUCAAGAAUGCUGAACGUUUUGCCAACAUGUACCUACCACUGCUGUGGUUUGAUAUUACUAUGAACUCCCUACCGCCAUCAAUGAAACAGCGCUUCGGGCUCUACCUAAAUAUCCUACCACUCGUAGAACAAGGAGCCAUGUACCUCCUCUUCAUCACCGGCGCCAUCUUCAUUCUCUCAACUGUCUACAUCCUCACCUUCAAGAUCAUGUUCAGAAAACAACAGCAUUUCGACCAGUGGAAAGAAAACGAAGGUGUCUACGGUCGUUGCGAAGUCCCUAUGAGUGACACUGAUCUAGAAUCAGACAACAAACAUUCAAUUUUGAAAAAUCGUACCGAAAAAAUCAAAGAUUUGGGCACUAAGUUCAGUGACCGCAUGUAUGAUACAGUCGGAAGUGUUAAAGACAGAGUUGUAGAAGAAUUGCACCAUGUCAAAAACGUCUUUGAUAGGAGAAGUUCGAAACAUGUCGAGACUGAUUUUAAAAAUGAUAAUAACCAGUAUACAGCGAUUAAACAAAGUGACAGUGAUUCAGAUGACUGCAAAUAUUUAGAAGUGCUUGAUGAUGGAUCGGGUCUAGUGCCAACUAAAUUUGAAACUGAACGGUCGGAGAAAUUAAAAGAAAUGGACUCGAAUGAAAGGAGGUAGAAGACUUCUUUGGAUUAUUUUUAUGAUUAUAGACUUUUUUAUUAGACUUCUGUGUUGAUGCAUGGCCUGUAAUUAGAAAAAUCCUUUUAGAAAAUGGAUUUUUUAAUUGUUCACUCUUGAGUGGGUGAAAAGGAUGUAUGUGAAAAAGAAGCAAUAUAAAAAUAAGGUACGAAUUUAAAAUAUCUUUACUGAAAAUGUAAAGAUAAAAAAUCUUGCCAUGGU